CCGGUUGUCCGCUCUGCGCCGUGACUGAGCUCGUGUUCUCUGCCGCACCACUUGUGAUCUUGUAGCUGAGAUAUUUACUACCCUUAGAUGCCACUCCUGUUAUGGAGAAGAUUGAAGAGCAAUUUGCUAAUCUGAACAUUGUUAAACGUUCCUCAGGAACUGAAGAGCCUACUUAUCUGCUUGGCAUAGACACAUCCAAGACUGUACCAGCAGAAAAAGGAAGCUUGGUUGCUGUUUUAUGUUCUAAUGGGUUAAUCAGAAUAUAUGAUAAAGAAAGGUUAAACAUAGUACGAGAAUUUAGUGGACAUCCUGGACAUCUUAAUGGCGUCAAAUUUGCAAAUUCUUGUGACAUUGUAUAUUCGUCAUGUACCGAUAGCACAAUAAAAUGUUGGGAUGCUCGAUUAACCAGUGAAAAACCUGUCCAGCUUUUCAAGGGUUAUCCUUCCAAUAUAUUUAUCAGUUUUGAUAUCAGCUGUAAUGAUCAUGUCAUUUGUGCUGGUACAGAAAAAGUUGAUGAUGAUGCAUUGUUGGUAUUUUGGGAUGCAAGAAUUAAUUCUCAAGAUGUGUCUACUACUAAAGACCCACUUGGUGCAUACUCAGAAACACAUAGUGAUGAUAUCACUCAAGUAUGUUUCCAUCCCAGCAAUCCCAACAUGGUAGUCUCAGGUUCCACAGAUGGCUUGGUAAAUGUAUUUGAUAUUAGUGCUGAUAAUGAAGAAGAUGCACUGGUUACAACUUGUAACUCAGUUUCAUCAGUUAGCUAUAUUGGUUGGUCUGGGAAAGAUUAUAAACAGAUAUACUGCAUGACACAUGAUGAAGGGUUUUAUUGGUGGGAUCUUAAUCAUCUGGAUACUGAUGAACCAAUUACACGUUUGAGCAUCCAGGAUGUCAGAGAAGUAAUGAAUUUGAAAGGAGGUGUUUUGGACUAUUUGAUUGGUGGCCUAUAUCAUGAAAAGAUGGACAAAUUAUUUAUUGUUGGAGGAACAAACACGGGAGUUAUUCACUUAAUGAGCUGUACUACAUCAGGAUUGAGCCAUGUGACCAGCCUUCAGGGAGGGCAUGCUGCUACAGUCCGCUCUUUCUUUUGGAAUAUGCAGGAUGAUUCUCUGCUGACUGGAGGAGAAGAUGCACAGUUGUUACUUUGGAAACCAGGAGCAAUAGAGAAGAAAUUUACAAAGAAAGACAACAUGAAAAUAGCAUCCUCUGUGUACCAGCGAGUUCGAACUCACAAUAACGAUUCUUACAAGAGAAGGAAAAAGCAGUGAUAUUACAUUGUGAGUUUACUUGUUAGACUUUAUAGUUGCAAAUAAUUAUUUUUGUGUACUACCUGUGGAAGACAUGUUUAAAGUUCAUAUGUAAAAACAAGCCAGUUAGCAAACAG